AUGAGGAAGGAGAGCGCAGCGGGCGGCGGCGGCGGCGGCUGCGAACUCCCGGGACCCGCGCGCCCCGAUCCGGAGGUGGCCGCCAAGGCCGAGACUCCGUGCGUGUGCCUGGAGCUUCCCGCAUGGCCCGUGGCGGCGGGGCCCGGGGCCACGGUGCGCAGCUUGACUGCAGCCAUCCACCACCAGCUGCUGCAGCCUCGCCUCCUCUUCAAGCCGCGGGAGGACUGCGCGCCCCUGGGCCACGAUGGCACGGUUCCCGGGGCCCCGGGCGAGGAGCCGGCCUCUGGGACCCGGGCGAGGGGGGGCUCCGAGGAGGGCGAGCCGGACGCCCCGGGCGCGGAUGAUGGGGGCGACAGCAGUGACCACGACUUCGAGAUGGUGGAUUUGAACGAGAAAUUCGUCCUAGGCCACUUGCUUGUGGCCCCUUGUCGGUUCGGGACCCGCGGUGAGGCCGAAAAGGCGGCACGGGCGAGCAGCCCCCAUCGCUGGAUGCAUCUGAUCCCCGGGGGCCGGCGGCUACACCGCAGGAGCCGCGACCUGGAGCAGCUGGAGUCCGAGGCCAAGGACGGGAGGCGCUCGCCCUUCGCUACGGAGGAGGCCCCCCGGCGCGGGGCCCGCGAUCACCUCCCCCGGUGGCGGCGGCGCAAGGGCUUACUGUGGGUGCCCGAGCGGGACUCGCCCAGCCACAGCUCGCCAGAGAGGGGCAGUGACUGCAGCCACAACAGCUCAGACCACGAAGACGGCUCCUCUGCAGACUUCAGCUACGGGGCAGACGACUACGACGCAGAGGGGAAUGAGGAGCAGAAGGGGCCGCCGGAGGGCUCGGAGACCAUGCCGUACAUCGACGAGUCGCCCACCAUGUCGCCCCAGCUCAGCGCCCGCAGCCAGGGCAGCGGCGGGGACAGCGUCUCCCCCACCCCACCUGAGGGGCUGGCACCUGGGGUGGAAGCAGGGAAAGGCCUGGAGAUGAGGAAGCUGGUCCUCUCAGGGUUCCUGGCCAGUGAGGAGAUCUACAUCAACCAGCUGGAGGCCCUGUUGCUGCCCAUGAAGCCCCUGAAGGCCACAGCCACCACCUCGCAGCCCGUGCUCACCAUCCAGCAGAUCGAGACCAUCUUCUACAAGAUCCAGGACAUCUACGAGAUCCACAAGGAGUUCUACGACAACCUCUGCCCCAAGGUGCAGCAGUGGGACAGCCAGGUCACCAUGGGCCACCUCUUCCAGAAGCUGGCCAGCCAGCUUGGCGUGUACAAAGCGUUUGUGGAUAACUACAAAGUCGCUCUGGAGACCGCGGAGAAGUGCAGCCAGUCCAACAACCAGUUCCAGAAGAUCUCCGAGGAACUCAAGGUGAAAGGUCCCAAGGACUCCAAGGACAGCCACACGUCGGUCACUAUGGAAGCUCUGCUCUACAAGCCCAUCGACCGCGUCACCAGGAGCACCCUGGUCCUGCACGACCUGCUGAAGCACACGCCCGUGGACCACCCCGACUACCCGCUCCUGCAGGACGCCCUCCGCAUCUCCCAGAACUUCCUGUCCAGCAUCAAUGAGGACAUUGACCCCCGCCGGACUGCUGUCACAACCCCCAAAGGGGAGACGCGGCAGCUGGUGAAGGACGGCUUCCUGGUGGAAGUGUCGGAGGGCUCCCGGAAGCUGCGGCACGUCUUCCUCUUCACAGACGUCCUACUGUGCGCCAAGCUAAAGAAGACGUCUGCGGGGAAACACCAGCAAUAUGACUGCAAAUGGUACAUCCCUCUGGCCGACCUCGUGUUUCCGUCCCCCGAGGAGUCGGAGGCCAGCCCCCACGUGCACCCCUUCCCAGACCACGAGCUGGAGGACAUGAAGAUGAAGAUCUCCGCCCUCAAGAGUGAGAUCCAGAAGGAGAAAGCCAACAAGGGCCAGAGCCGGGCCAUCGAGCGCCUGAAGAAGAAGAUGUUUGAAAAUGAGUUCUUGCUGCUGCUCAAUUCCCCCACCAUCCCAUUUCGGAUCCACAAUCGGAAUGGAAAGAGCUACCUGUUCCUACUGUCCUCGGACUAUGAAAGGUCAGAGUGGAGAGAAGCGAUUCAGAAACUACAGAAGAAGGAUCUCCAGGCCUUUGUCCUGAGCUCAGUGGAGCUCCAGGUGCUCACAGGAUCCUGUUUCAAACUUAGGACUGUACACAACAUUCCUGUCACCAGCAAUAAAGAUGAUGACGAGUCUCCCGGGCUCUAUGGCUUCCUUCAUGUCAUCGUCCACUCUGCCAAGGGGUUUAAGCAGUCAGCACACCUGUACUGUACCCUGGAGGUGGAUUCCUUCGGCUAUUUUGUCAGCAAAGCCAAAACCAGGGUAUUUCGGGACACGACGGAGCCCAAGUGGGACGAGGAGUUUGAGAUCGAGCUGGAGGGCUCCCAGUCCCUGAGGAUCCUGUGCUACGAGAAGUGCUACGACAAGACCAAGGUCAACAAGGACAACAACGAGAUCGUGGACAAGAUCAUGGGCAAAGGGCAGAUCCAGUUGGAUCCACAAACCGUAGAAACCAAGAACUGGCACACAGAUGUGAUCGAGAUGAACGGGCAGAUCAAAGUGGAAUUCUCCAUGAAGUUCACCAGCCGAGACAUGAGCCUGAAGAGGACGCCAUCCAAAAAGCAGACCGGCGUCUUUGGCGUGAAGAUCAGCGUGGUGACGAAGCGGGAGCGCUCCAAGGUGCCCUACAUCGUGCGGCAGUGCGUGGAGGAGGUGGAGAAGAGGGGCAUCGAGGAGGUCGGCAUCUACCGGAUCUCAGGGGUGGCCACAGACAUCCAGGCGCUGAAGGCCGUCUUCGAUGCCAAUAACAAGGACAUCCUCCUGAUGCUGAGUGACAUGGACAUCAACGCCAUCGCUGGCACCCUCAAGCUCUACUUCCGGGAGCUGCCCGAGCCCCUCCUCACAGACCGACUGUUCCCCGCCUUCAUGGAGGGCAUCGCCCUGUCGGACCCUGCUGCCAAGGAAAACUGCAUGAUGCACCUGCUCCGCUCCCUGCCCGACCCCAACCUCAUCACCUUCCUCUUCCUGCUGGAACACUUGAAAAGGUAACGGACGGUGUUCCGGUCG